CAACAUUGACACACUCGGUCGGUCAUGUUAAGAACUUUUGUCAAACAUAAAGGAUAACAUUUGAUUUAAGCAACUAAGUAUGCGUCGAGAUCUCUCGUCAUAAAAAGAAGUUUACUUGCUACGAAAUGAAAGGUUAAGAUAAAAGGGUUGCAUGUUUGAGAGCAAGUAAUGAAAGGCUGAGAAUGCUGCCUGCAAGGACAGGGGGAAAUUCCGAACGAAGAACAUCUAUCUAUAAGAAUGAGCAAGGAACUACUGGUGUGCUGUUUUGGGAAAAAUGAUAAUACGAAGCCACCACCAUUGUUAUAGCCUACAGUUUCCAGAGAGACCUGCCAAAUCUAGUAGUUACAGACUCGACCUCAACUACAACAGCAACAAGAAGAGCAACCUUGUAGCUGUAGGAGGAUUGAAUUGGUAUGCUACAACGACAGCAGCGAUCAAAGGCAGCAGUCGGCGCCUGCUUAUGAGAAGAAGCAUUACGACGAGUGUGCUCGCGGCGGCCUGUGCAGUAGUACUAUUAGUCUCGCCGCCUCCUGCCGGUACAGCGGAACAGAGGAAGAAGAGGGAAGGCGGGGAGGAGGAGGAGGAGACGCUGGGGAAUUUGCCGCAGACUCUAUCGGGGGAAUGUGAAGCGGAAGAGGGGAAGGAUUGCAAGAAGGCGAUGAGGAUACAGAGACCCAAAUCCAGGAAAGCAGAGGCUUGCACCGUGAAAUGCGUCAACACCUGCAUCCGCGGCGGUUAUGGCUCCCCUGGCGAAGGACCUUUCAGUAUCAUCAGACCUCUGGUGGUGUUCAAGCAAGGGUUUCGCAGCCGCCAUUACUGCCUGGUAGAGUGCUCUGAUAUCUGCAAUCUAAUCGGUGAUGGCGACGAUGAUGGACCCUGAAACAGACCCACUCUGCCUUCAAAUUGUCUAUCCACUUUUCAAUGUAUCACAGGGAUGGACGAGAACAAGCAUCCUGCUUUCCUCCUAUUAUUUUGCAAGGGAAUUGAUAAACGUCGUCUUUAAAAUUAUUAUUGGUCGUCCUAAAAAAUAACAAAGUUACACUUUUAACCUUUUGUCAUCUUUAGCAAACAAACAUCACUUUAACUAAAAAAGGAAAAACACUCAAUUUCCCACACUCUCGAAUUCAUCGUGACAUUCUCGAGUCGUAAUUGUUGGGAAUACGUCCGAAUCAUGAGUAGCGACUCCGAUGAGGUAAAAAUCCGAUUUUUUUUCAAAAAAAUCCAAAACCCCUCAACCGAAGCCAAUUUUCGGUUGUACCAUGACUCAACCUAAGGCAAUUUUCGGUUGUACCAUGGACCAACCGAAAAUUGCCUUAGGUUGCACCAUGGCUCAACCGAAGCCAAUUUUCGGUUGUACCAUGGCUCAACCUAAGGCAAUUUUCGGUUGGUCCAUGGUACAACCGAAAAAUUCCUUAGAUUGAGCCAUGGUACAACCGAAAAUUGGCUUCGUUGAGGGGUUUCGGAUUUUUUUUGAAUUUUUUUUGUUUUAUAUCAAUAAUUUUCUAUUCUUUUA